AUGGAGACUGCUAAAGCAUCUAUUUUAUCUCAUAUAAAUGUUAUUGACUUUUCUCGAGUUGUGGCAGCACCUUUUGCUUCAAUGAUACUGGGCGAUUUAGGGGCGAAAAUUUGGAAAAUUGAAAGGCCUAAAAUCGGAGAUGAAUCUCGUUCAUUUUAUCCACCAAUGAUUAAUGGACAGAGUUGCUAUACCCUUUCAUUAAAUAGAAACAAAAAGAGUGUGACAAUAAAUUUGGCAAAUUCGGAAGGGCGAGAAUUGGCAAAAAAACUUUCAAUGCGUGCGGACGUUUUGAUUGAGAAUUUUAAAACGGGUCAUAUGAAGAAAUUCGGAUUGGAUUAUGAUAAUCUCAAAAGAAUUAAUUCUCGAUUAAUUUACUGUUCAAUAUCUGGUUACGGCCCAGACGGUCCUUAUUCUGAAGAUCCAGGCUAUGAUGUAAUUGCUGCAGCUAUAGGAGGUUUGCUAAGCAUAACAGGACCACGGACGAAUAAUUCUGAACCUUGCAAACCCGGGGUUGCAGUCACAGAUUUAAUGACUGGUCUUUAUGCUCAUGGUGCUAUCCUUGCUGCAUUACUUCAUAGAGAUAAAACGGGAAAAGGACAGCAAAUUCAGUGUAAUCUAUUAUCUACCCAAUUAGCUACUUUAAUUAAUAUUGGAAGUAACUAUAUAAAUGCGGGGAUUGAAGGCAAGCCAUGGGGAACUGAACACGAAAGUAUUGUUCCAUAUCAAGCAUUUCAAACAAAGGAUGGUCGUUAUUAUGUUCUUUGUACAAAAAUGGAAAUGCCAGAAUUAGCAAAUAAUCCAGAAUAUGCAACAAACAGUGAUCGAGUAAAAAAUCGAGAAAAAUUAUUGAAAAAAUUUAAAGAAAAGUAUUUUAAAUUUUUAAAAUUGAAUAAAUAUUUUUAA